AUGGCGGAAGCGGCGGCCGAGAAAGCUUAUUACCGGUUCCUGGUGCUUUUCUUCAACUGUCUCUUGACCUUUGGCUCCUACUUCUGUUUUGAUAUUCCCAGUGUCUUGCAAGAACAGUUUCAAGGGAAUCUAACCUGCCCCAAUGGAACGCAACAGAACGGCACAGAACAUAACGCAACAGCUGAUUGUGUGGAAGGGCUUGGAAUGACUCCUGAAGAAUAUAAUCUUCUCUAUGCCAUCUAUGCCUGGACUAAUGCGCUGGUGGUGAUUGUGGCUGGCUUCUUGAUUGACAAACUGGGAAACCGCUUUGGUGUCUUUGUCUUCUCUUUCCUCACUGUCUUGGGAUCAUCCGUUUUUGCGCUGGGCUCCCACCUGAAAGGAACUCCGUAUCUCUUGCCUCUGAUGCUCACUGGCAGGCUGCUUUUUGGUUCUGGAAAUGGAUCGCUCACAAUUGUGCAGAACCGCAUCACCGCCUUUUGGUUCAAAGGCAAAGAGCUGGCGCUCGCCUUCGGGUUGACUCUCUCUUUCUCCCGUCUCGGGAGUGUCCUCAACUUCUUUUUCACCCAGCAGUUUGAAAGCCAUUUUGGAAUCCAGUGGACACUUUGGGGAGGAGCCCUGUUAUGCGUGCUGGGCUUUAUUUCAGCCAUCACCGUCAGCGUGCUGGACAAAGUGGGUACGAAGCAGCUUGGCUUAGAUGGAGUUCUCCAACAAGAGUCCAAGAAAGUGAAAAUUCAAGAUAUCCGCCACUUACCCCUUCGCUACUGGCUUUUGGUCCUUACUAUCAUGUUCUUCUACAAUGGGGUCUUCCCCUUUGUGGCCGAUGCAAGUAAGUUUAUCCAAGAUAAGUAUCCUGGCUACAGUCAACAGGCAGCUGCAUAUAUAGCUGGAGCAGUUUACGACAGCUCUCUUGUUCUCUCGGCGGCUGUUGGCAUAUUGAUCGAUUAUAUUGGUCUGAGAGGUGUGUUUGCGGUUGGUUGUGCGGUGCUAACGUUGCCCGUGUUUGCUCUCUUGGCCUUCACCUUCGUUCCCCCACUUGUCUCCACCGUCUGGCUAGGAAUCACCUACUCUUUCGCAGCCGCCAGCAUGUGGCCUUCAAUUCCACUCGUGGUCCCUCAAGCAACAUUGGGAACAGCGAUGGGGCUCGCGACAUCCGUACAGAUGAUUGGCAUCGGACUCUCCAAUGUGAUCGUGGGACAUAUCUUGGGAACAAAGUCCAGUGAACUGAAGAUCCCCUUAUGGCGCUGGCAACAGAUGAUGGUCUUCAUGUUGGCCAACACCGUUGCUUGCAUUGGGAGCUCUGUCUGCCUUAACAUAGUGGAUAAGAAGCAGGGUGGCACGUUGAACCGUUCAACCAAACGCUCGCCAACCGAGGCAGUGGCCCAGCCGCCUGUUGACACAGCUCCCCUUCUCAGCGAGGCAGAAGAAGAACGAUCCAUCAACUAAAGAAGAGUCCUUCAGGGCAUGGAGUAUAACACAAAUGAGCCUUGGGGAGGGGUGUCUCAUUCUUCAGCAAUGUGUCCCCCCCCCU